GAGGUCUCAGAGCCCAGUUCUGCCCUUCCCUAAGCCUGAGAUGCGUGCGGAGGGGCAGCCACCCCUUCGGCACCCCUAGAGGCUCUGGGGACUCUAUUCCCUUUCCUACUCACAGUGCUGUUACCCUGCUCUUAAUUUUGGACACCACAGUCCCCAGGGUGGGCAGCUGGGUGUUAUGAGGGGACCAGGUGGAACUCCACAUCUGAAUCCUAAAAUGUUAAGAGUUCAAAUAGGGCUUCUGUGUUGGAGUAGCGGACUGUACAAAUGUGAGAAUAUUAGAAUCACAAACUGUUGGACUAGGCAUUCUGGGCCAUUAUGUUAGUGUUCAGAUAUUAGAAUCUGAGGUUUGUGAAACAGUAAAACAUUAAAACGUUGGAAUGUUAGAUUCCUAGAGUGUUGAAUCCUAGAGAGUUAAAAUGUUAGAAUUUUGGAAUGCUGGAUGGAUGAAGUCCUUGAAUGCUAAAGAAUUCAAAUACUAAAAUACCAGAGUCCUAGCUUGUCAGAAGCCUAGAGCAUUAAAAUAUUAGAUUACCGCUAACGUAGGUUAUUGAAAUCCUAAAAUGUAUAGUGAUACCAGGUUGGAAUCUAGAAUGUAGAAUUCUGUAAUGCGAGCAUGUUGGAAUCCCAAAAUAUCCAAAUUCCGGAAUCUUUGCAGACUCCUGGAAAUGAAUCCUUUGGGCUUCAGAGAAACGUGAGGAACUAGGGCCAGCUCCCCCAUUCUCCAGAACAGGAAACUGAAGCUUAGACAAACACUUCCCAGGGGUCAGAGCCCAGGCAGUCCUGAUUCUCUGUGGGCUGGCUCUUAGCAGUGAGAACAGAUAGGGCUUUACCCACCAAACACCCAAAUCUAGCUGGCCCAGCUCCCCACCCCAACUCAGCCCACUUCAUGGGAAGCUGGUGGCGGUGGGGGUACGGGGGUAGAUUGUCCCUUGGGUGAACUCUGUCCAGUGCUCACGUCCCCAGCCUGCCCCGCUCAGGCUUCACCCUACUUUUAUUUUUCUGCCAGAUCCAGGUGUGUUAGAGCCCCAUACCUUCCUUCCCGAGGCCCCACCCGGGCAGUUUCACUUUCUGUUCUAUCAGGUUUCAUUUCCUGCCCCCUGGUCCCCCAAGCUGAGGGACCCAGACACCUGGGUCCUUCGAGCAUUGGGUGGGAGGCACCCUCCUCAUCUCCAACCCCUUCCAGUCCUAGACCCCCGCCCCCCACCACCACUUUCCAAGGAGGCUCGGAAAGUCCUCCUUCCAGCUCGCCCCGCCUCACUGCUGGGCCUCGAGCCAGUUCCCUGAGUGUGGCUUCUACGGCCUUUACGACAAGAUCCUGCUUUUCAAACAUGACCCCACGUCGGCCAACCUUCUGCAGCUGGUGCGCUCGGCCGGAGACAUCCAGGAGGGCGACCUGGUGGAGGUGGUGCUGUCGGCCUCGGCCACCUUCGAGGACUUCCAGAUCCGCCCGCACGCCCUCACGGUGCACUCCUACCGGGCGCCUGCCUUCUGUGAUCACUGCGGGGAGAUGCUCUUCGGCCUAGUGCGCCAGGGCCUCAAGUGCGAUGGCUGCGGGCUGAACUACCACAAGCGCUGCGCCUUCAGCAUCCCCAACAACUGCAGCGGGGCCCGCAAACGGCGCCUGUCAUCCACGUCCCUGGCCAGUGGCCACUCAGUGCGCCUAGGCACCUCCGAGUCCCUGCCCUGCACGGCUGAUGAGCUGAGCCGUAGCACUACCGAACUCCUGCCUCGCCGUCCCCCGUCAUCGUCUUCCUCCUCUUCUGCCUCAUCCUACACGGGCCGCCCUAUUGAGCUGGACAAGAUGCUGCUCUCCAAGGUCAAGGUGCCGCAUACCUUCCUCAUCCACAGCUACACACGGCCCACCGUGUGCCAGGCUUGCAAGAAACUCCUCAAGGGCCUCUUCCGGCAGGGCCUGCAAUGCAAAGACUGCAAGUUUAAUUGUCACAAACGCUGCGCCACCCGUGUCCCUAAUGACUGCCUAGGGGAGACCCUCAUCAAUGGAGAUGUGCCGAUGGAGGAGGCCACGGAUUUCAGCGAGGCUGACAAGGGCACCCUCAUGGAUGAGUCGGAGGACGCUGGUGUGAUUCCAGGCUCCCACUCGGAGAAUGCACUCCACGCCAGUGAGGAGGAAGAAGGCGAGGGAGGCAAGGCCCAGAGCUCCCUGGGGUAUAUCCCCCUAAUGAGGGUGGUGCAGUCGGUGCGACACACGACACGGAAAUCCAGCACCACGCUGCGGGAGGGCUGGGUGGUUCAUUACAGCAACAAGGACACGCUGAGAAAGCGGCACUAUUGGCGCCUGGACUGCAAGUGCAUCACCCUCUUCCAGAACAACACGACCAACAGAUACUAUAAGGAAAUUCCACUGUCAGAAAUCCUUACGGUGGAGCCCGCCCAGAACUUCAGCCUUGUGCCACCGGGCACCAACCCACACUGCUUUGAGAUCAUCACUGCCAAUGCCACCUACUUCGUGGGCGAGAUGCCUGGCGGGGCUCCGGGUGGGCCGAGUGGGCAGGGGGCCGAGGCUGCCCGGGGCUGGGAGACAGCCAUCCGCCAGGCUCUGAUGCCUGUCAUCCUUCAGGAUGCACCCAGCGCCCCAGGCCACGCGCCCCACAGACAAGCUUCUCUGAGCAUCUCUGUGUCCAACAGUCAGAUCCAAGAGAACGUGGACAUUGCCACUGUCUACCAGAUCUUCCCUGACGAAGUGCUGGGCUCAGGGCAGUUUGGAGUGGUGUAUGGAGGAAAGCACCGGAAGACAGGCCGGGAUGUGGCGGUUAAGGUCAUUGACAAACUGCGUUUCCCCACCAAGCAGGAGAGCCAGCUCCGGAACGAAGUGGCCAUUCUGCAGAGCCUGCGGCACCCCGGGAUCGUGAACCUGGAGUGCAUGUUCGAGACACCUGAGAAAGUGUUUGUGGUGAUGGAGAAGCUGCAUGGGGACAUGUUGGAGAUGAUCCUCUCCAGCGAGAAGGGCCGGCUGCCUGAGCGCCUUACCAAGUUCCUCAUCACCCAGAUCCUGGUGGCUUUGAGACACCUUCACUUCAAGAACAUCGUCCACUGUGACUUGAAACCAGAAAAUGUGUUGCUGGCAUCAGCUGACCCGUUUCCUCAGGUGAAGCUGUGUGACUUUGGCUUUGCGCGCAUCAUCGGGGAGAAGUCGUUCCGCCGCUCCGUGGUGGGCACGCCGGCCUACCUGGCGCCCGAGGUGCUGCUCAACCAGGGCUACAACCGCUCGCUGGACAUGUGGUCGGUGGGCGUGAUCAUGUACGUCAGCCUCAGUGGCACGUUCCCUUUCAACGAGGACGAGGACAUCAAUGACCAGAUCCAGAAUGCUGCCUUCAUGUACCCGGCCACCCCUUGGAGCCACAUCUCAGCUGGAGCCAUCGACCUCAUCAACAACCUGCUGCAGGUGAAGAUGCGCAAACGCUACAGUGUAGACAAAUCUCUCAGCCAUCCCUGGUUACAGGAGUACCAGACGUGGCUGGACCUCCGAGAACUGGAAGGGAAGAUGGGCGAGCGAUACAUCACGCACGAGAGUGACGACGCGCGCUGGGAGCAGUUUGUGGCAGAGCAUCCACUGCCCGGGUCCGGGCCACCCACGGACAGGGAUUUCGGUGGGGCCUAUCCACCACAGGACCACGACAUGCAUGGGCUGACAGAGCGCAUCAGUGUCCUCUGAGGCCCUGUGCCCUCCACAGCAGCUCUUCAGAGAUCCCAGCAAUGAACUGUUGUAGGGAAAGUCGCUUCCUGCCUAAACUGGAUGAGACACGUGGGGUGGGGGAGGGAGCUAUUUCUAAGGCCCCUCCCUGUCUCCCCAGCAAUUAAAACGGACUCAUCUCUGGCCCCAUGGCCUUGGUCUCCAGAGCACACAGUA